ACAGCAAAUAGUAACACAAUAAAUACAGCAGCAAGUGAAGCUAUUUCUCGAGAAUUUAUGAAUGCACUUCAAACUCGUCAACUUCAUACUUCUUCUACAGGCUGGUCUAAAAAGACAUUACCUCCAUCUUUUAGACUUUAUCAAUAUAUUCUCGAGGAUUUAGCUCCUAUAGAGAGUGAUGCAGUCAAUGAACUCUUGAAAUCAUCAUUAAAAUUAUUGAUCAUUGAUGUUAGAUCAUUUUCUUAUUAUUCAAAGUGUCGAAUUCGUACUGCAAUUAAUAUUUCUAUUCCUUCUGUCUUGUUAAAACGACCUUCUUACACAUUAGAAAAAAUAGCGGAGUCUAUUGUUUCAAGAGAGGCCGCUGAUCGGUUCAUGCAAUUUCAUAAGACUGCUACCCAUAUUAUCUUUUAUGAUCAUGCUUCUUCAAAACCUAGUGAUUCUGGUAACUCUGCAACUGCUAUUUUGUUGGGAUCAAAAUUACGACAAGCUGGCUACAAGGGUCCAUUAAAUUACUUGCAAGGUGGAUUAGAUACUUUUAGUCAUUUAUAUACUGAGCAAUGUGAAUCUGCCCCUUUAGAAUCAGAACGAAGUAAAAGGAUCAAGUCAAAUGAACUCGUUCCAUCAAAUAAAAUCAUGGCUCUUCCUCUUCCUCUUCCUCCUCCUACACAUAUCGUAUUGCCUACAUCGAAUAAAACUACUGUCGUUAAUCCAUUCUUUACUAAUAUUCGUCAAAAUUUGGAAUUAUCUCAUGGUCCAUUACAAGAACGUUUUCAUAUUCGAUUACCUCCAGGUCUUCAUCAUAAAGACGGUGUCAUUAAAAAUAAUCAUCAUCAUCAUCCAACUAUCAAUAGUAGUAGUCCUCCCUGUUAUCAUCCAAGGUAUGGUUUGGCUGGUAGUACUGUAGAUGCUCAAGGUAACUUUAUUUUACCUAUUUGGUUAAGAGAAAUGAUAAAGCUUGAUAAUGGUCCAAAAAAGUUAGCUGAAAUGUACGAGAAGUUGGAACGUAUAGAGCAAACUCGGCUGUCAACUAUCAUGAAAUAUCAUACUCAGCAUAAUGAUCGACCCUUCCCUUUUAGUAUAGCUUCAAGUAUGGAAAAAGGUGCAUUAAAUCGAUAUACAAAUAUUUGGCCAUACGAAUAUUCAAGAGUUAAAUUAAAAAAUAAUAAGGAUGACUACAUUAAUGCCAAUCGUAUACAAUUUGCUAGCAUUAAACAAGAUAUUCGAUCUUCCACUCCUAGUAGAAAUAAUAGUAAACAAGAACUUGAACUUGAACAAAAGGGGCUCUUAAGUGAGACCUCUGUUUAUACCAUGAAUAAUUCAGCAACAGCAACAGAUUUAAUUUGUCAACGUCCUUACAUCUCUACUCAGGGACCGUUACCUACUACUUAUAAUGACUUUUGGCGAAUGGUUUGGGAUGAAAACUCAUCCGUCAUCGUCAUGCUAACUCAAGAAAUGGAAAUGAAUAAGAUCAAAUGUCAUCGCUAUUGGCCAUCUACUCUGGGUAUACCACAAACGUAUGGUUCAUUAACAGUGACUCUCUUAUCUGAAUCAAAACAAGCGGUUCAUAAUCUAAAUGACAAACGAGUUCAUGAAGAUGAAUGUAUCAUCAUUCGAAAGUUAAGUCUGUCAUCAUCAUCAUUAACCAGAGAAAUCACACAGCUUCAAUAUAUGGGAUGGACCGAUUUUGGUACACCAGAUAGACCUUUAGGUCUCCUUCAAGUCGUUCAUUUAGCAGAUAAAGCACAUGAAACGGAGGGACCCAUGAUUGUUCAUUGUUCUGCAGGUUGCGGUCGUUCAGGCACCUUUUGUGUGAUUGAUACGAUGAUUCAACGACUCUGGCAUGAACGAGACAUUUUCACAAAUCAGACCUCCAUGCAUGACUUGAUCUGGGAGACGGUCUGUCGCUUUAGAGAGCAACGAAUGAGUAUGGUUCAAACGCAUCGUCAAUUUGUCUUUUGUUAUGAGGCUAUCCUCUGGUGGUUACUCGGUCAUGGUUAUUUGCCCAAGGAAGAACAAAACAGGACAGCAGGAGGGUCUCCAGGUCCUGAUAAUAGUAGUAGUAAUAAUAGAGUUAUUAAACCAUUAAGUCGAACAGGUAGUCAUCAUACUACUGAUGAUGAACAGGGCUCCUCUUCUGUUGGAAGUAUGUUAGAUGAUUUUAAAGAAUUAUUGUAAAUAAUAAAUAUCAUAUAAAUAUGUAUGUAUACACACACAUAUAUAUAU